AUAUUUAUCUGCUACUCUAAACAGAUCAUUUUGGAAAAGAUUUCAAGUAAAUACUAACACAGACUUUCUCGAAGAACGAACACUGUAUCUAUAUUCAGUCUGUAUAUAGCGAGGUUUUUACCACAGAGCAACUAACAUCAGCACAGAACUUGCUUUGUGAUUACAAAACAAGAACGGCGUGAAAUAUGGCGUCUUAUAUAGAGGACAUUAAGAAAGAAAGAAAGAAAGCACAAGAAAUACAGCAAGUGGUGAUAAGGAAAAUAUAAUUGUUGCUGGCGGUUGUGGAACGUCCAACCCUCUAGAGAUGUUUAACUGGCGUCAAAGAACAUGGUCGCUAUUACAAUCCCUGCCCAAGGUAUAUCUUGGACCGCCGACUUCAUUUGUUUAUAACAAUCAUAUGACAAUUGCUACGGGUUGGUUUCCUGACGAAAUCGAUGAUAUGGUUCGAAUGAAUAUUAACCGAAACCCUGAUCUCUCAAUACACUGGAGUCGCUGUCCUGUUAAACUACCUAACAAGUUGAAAUGUCACAGCAGCGUGCUGUAUAAUGAUCGCUUGAUAGUCACUGGUGGCUAUAGUCAAUAUACAGAUGGUGUAACUGACUGUAUUUAUGAAAUCGAGGUUGUUCCUCCUUAUACUGUGAAGACCUUAUCGAGAAUGCCAGAACCAAGACAGCUUCACCGCACGGAAUUAUUUGAUGAUAACUUGUUGAUCCUUGGUGGAGCGACAACCCAGAAAUACCAAGACAGCCUCAGCAGUGUCUUACUGUAUGAUAUAAAGAAGAAUGAAUAUAAACAGUUGGCACCAUUGCCGUAUGAAGUGAGCGAGAUGGCAACUGUGAGAUGGGGAGACAACAUCGUUGUUAUAGGUGGCGUUGACAAACGUGCCAAAGCAUUAGAUACAGUUAUCAUUUACAAUGUCAAGACUGGACAUAGUGACAUGUUACCAUCAAUGAAAUAUAAGAGACAGGGAUGUGCUGCAGUUGUUAUUGAAAACAACAUUGUAGCAUUCGGAGGGAAAGGUAAGCGAUUACCUGACUUAAGUUCAGUUGAAGCUUUUAACUUUGAAAGUUAUACUUGGCAAGAACUUCCAGAAAUGUCUGAAGGACGAUAUCAGCACGCCGCUAUUGUUGUGUGAACAAUUAUGUGAGAAUGCAUGGGUAAUUCGAUGGUGACUCGUGUUAAAUUCUGAACCAAACUAUUAGAGUAAUUUUGAUCUGGUGUAAUAACAAAUAUAUUUUUUCUCUCACAUUUUUGCAUGCAUGAGGUACAAAUAAAGCGACUGAUUCACAGUAAAAAUUAAACAUUUGAUUGUAAGAUGAUAAGAUUGAUGGCCGUAAAUUUGUGUAUGACUCAUGUUACGACAAAGUGACAUGAAGUAACACCAACCUAACUGCUUUUUUAUACUGGAAGCCAGUAUUAAUAUGACAUCAUGACACGUCACCCAUCGCCGUACCUAAAGGCACAAUUUGGGGAAAGAUUUGAAGCAAGUUGGAACACAG